AAUUGAUCACCAGUGUGCGUUUUCCGCUUUAAAAACUUGAUUUUUUUGUCAACUUUACUUUCAACCUUAAAAUUUAAAGCAAUUAGGAAAUAACAGGCGGGAUGAGUUAGUUACUGUUUGACCAUCAGGGGUGGACUUUGAUGAUGGAUAAGGCCAAGAAAAACAUCUUGAUAAAGAACCGGGUGGAGCUGGUGGAGAAUAUCAACAUAGAGGAUGGACUGUUGACGGAGCUUCUGUCACGACAGGUUCUCACCCAGAGGACCGCAAAAAGCAUACAGGCAAAGAAGACUACAUUUGACCAAACAGAGGAGCUUCUGGACAAAAUAGCACUGAAAAGCAAUGGAUUUGAAGCUCUGAGUGAGGCUUUGAUAGCCAAUGGCCAGGAAGACAUUGUAAAUCUCUAUCUAAAACCACCAUCAGAAGAAAGUGAAAAACUGAAGAGAGAUGAAAAAUCAGAGUCUGUUAUAUCGCAGGAAUCUCAAACAGUUGGUCCAGAACCCACUCGUCCCCAGUCCUCUCCCCCCAGGCUCCCAGCCCAAGGGCCACAAGUGUCUCAACCAAUCACCAAGGCAGUGCAACUCCUCACUCACACCGAAAGUGCCUCGCCCAGAGUCCUAUCCCAGGGACAGCAGGAGUCUCAGGGAGUCCCCACCCGACAGCUCCAGCCUCUGUUACACCACCCACCACCAGAUCAUGUGUUCCACCCAAUUCAGACCCACAGUGUUCAACCUGUGCCCGUCCAGCCUUCAUCUGUUGAUUCGUCCAUUAUUUGUGUGUCUGGAAAUCCCGGUCAGCCAUACAACUUUAGCAAUGCUGUGUUUUUGGAUAGAGUCAGCAAGAGCGACGUAAGCUUCAAGGAAAACCAACAACGACAUAAUUUAAAACACUAUAUCAACGACCCAAAUUAUCAGGUUCCCCCAGAGGUCGCUCCAACGACAGUGUCUCAACACAUUCCUGUCAUGUACAAUAACAAUGUUCAUCCUGUUCCUAAAGAGGUUGUAUACAUUCCAAGUUACAGGCCAGCUUCUCUUCAAAGGGAGGAUACUCUAGAUGCUAUGACCAAACCUUUGGGUAACCAUGAGGCAAACUGUGAAUCUCCAGCUAAAAGACAACGAACUGAGGAAAAAAUCGAAAUUACAGUGUUUGAAUCGAACCAACCAUCUCAGAAUGAGCCCCCAAUGAUGACCCAGAGUAGCCUGCAGCCGGUGAGAAUCCAGGGGGAGCUGGAUGACCCUGAGAUAGAUCUGACGGACGGGCCAGUCACCGUCAGAGUGGACAAUACCACCAGGCAGUUCUACAUCACCAACUAUAAGAAGUCCUAUGCAAUGAGGCGGUUGCCUCGAGGUAAGGCGCUAAUCAUCAACGUGAAUGAGGUGGAGGGGAAGCCACCCAGGCGGGGCACGGAUAUCGACAGGGAUAACCUGUAUCACCUGCUGAGACAGCUCCACUUUGACGUCCAGGUGUAUAACGACAAAGACGGACUCACUGCUAAGGAGAUUGCUCAAAAAUUGGAAAUGUUUGCUGCUGACUCCGCCCAUCGCCAAGGAGAUUCAUCAUUUGUGUGCCUUCUCAGCCAUGGAGAGGAGGGUUUUAUUUUUGGAACAGAUGGAAGGAAAUUACAACUGGACAGUGUGUUCAAGCUGUUUGACAACAGCAAUUGUCCAACCCUGGUGGGAAAACCAAAGAUCUUUGUGAUACAGGCUUGCAGAGGGGGAGCAUUAGACAGUGGUGUUCCCUUCCUUGAUGAACACGACGGAUCAACUGGAUCUAAACAGCUUCCUACACAGUCUGACAUGAUUAUUUGCUUUCCUACACAAGCAGGUUACUAUGCAUGGAGGAAUCGGGAGCGAGGCAGCUGGUACAUAGAGGCGCUGGUACAAAUCUUCAUGAAGUACGCUAAGAGUGAGGACAUUUGUACCAUGCUGCACAGGGUAAACUUGCUGGUGUCAAGAAAAGUGUCCCGGUGUCCUCAAAUAGAGAUGGACUCCAUGUCACAGAUGUCGGAAUACAAGAGCUCUCUACGCAUGCCUCAUCUUUUCUUCUAUCCGGGGAUCGGAUGUGUUUAAUCAGGCCAAAGGGCACAUUGCAGUGGUGUGUACAUGCAUUGAUGCAGAAUAUCUCUACAAAUUUCUGAAUGAAAAAAAAAAUACAUGAAAAACAAAUGCGUUUGUAGCAAAACUGUAUUUUGUAUCAGAAACUGCUAGAUUUAUUUUUAUUUUUUUUGAUUUUUUUUUUUUGAUUUUUAUAAUUAUUUUUCUCAAAUUUGUUGGUCAUGGAUAUGUAUGAGUUAAUGAAAUUUAAUAUAUGCAAUAUUUACACAAUCCAUGUGUAUAUGGUCAUUUAAUAUUUGUAUAAAAUAUUUCCCAAAUAAUGGAAUAUGAUGCUAUAUUUAUUAAAUAUUUAAGUCUGUUAAUGAUAACUAUCUAAAUUAGUAAAAGGUCAAGGUCAUUGAUAGGAAAAAGGUCAAGUUUACUUCCAUGGGACUUUUUCAUCUUUUGAUAUCUUGUUUCACAAAGACAUUUCUUUCACAUUUAAGACGACUGAGUGGUCAUUAGAUUUAAGCAUCAGAUUUGCCUGAAACUUUUAAAUAUGAUAUUUUUGGCCAUAAAUUAUUAUGAAGUAAAGAAAAAAUCUAAAUAUUUGAACAUUUUUCUUUAUUUUUAUUGGAACUUUUCGUCUAAAGGAGGUAAAUAAAGCCUAAAAAUGGUCAUGACCAUCCAGCCCUCUUUAUUUGAAUUAGUAAAACUAUAUUCGCUAGCCAUGGGUUUUCAGUCCACUUUGCUCUCCAUACGGGAAGCAAAGUGGACCGAAAACCCUUGGCUAGCGAGUAUGAGUAAAACAGGAAAUGAAUAAAAUUGUUUAAUCUUGAUUUGUCAGUGAGAGUUUCAGCAUCUUGUUUUUAUGAUGAGAAUGUCAAAAGAGGGUCAGAGGAUAUUGUUUUCAUAAUCUUGUGAUAUAAAGCAUUCCAAGCUUUGCUCAGUGUUUUAUGCCAAAAUCAAGAGAAUUUGUACACUUGCUUGUUACUGUUAUUGAAAUCCACUUUAUUUGUUAUUUGAACACAAUCAAAUGAGAAGAAAGUUUUAUAUAUUUGUGUGUCACAAGAUUUUUUAAACCAAGUUUUAUCCAUGUGUGUUUGAUGUACUUGUUUAUGUGCAUGGUUCAUCACCAAUAUCAAGAAUUCAGCUUCAGUGAUUUAUUUUACUGAGUAAUGCUAUUUGUUUUUGAAAAAAACAAAAACUCAGUAUGCAUAGAAAAUGAUAAAUACCGAUGUAUGAAGAAAUAGUGAAAUACAGUGUUCAAAAAAUUGUGUAUAGAAUUUAAAAAUCUUUUAAAAUAAAAAACCGGCAUAAAUCAAGUCCCACACAAAAAUAUACAUCAAUACAUAAAAUUUCUCCCCUGAUCUCUUCUCUUUCCAUAGUGAAUCCACAUAUCUGUGCAGUAAUUGAUAUGUCACUCCAUGCACAGAACUAGAAAGGGGGGACCAGUCACCCCCUGCAAUUUUUAAAUUCUUUUAAAUUUACACUAUAAAAUUGUCAAACAUAUGCCUUAACACACCCCCCCCCCCCCCCCCCCCAAGUAAAAUUUUCUGGAUCCACGCAUGCACUCAACCACAUAAUCGUAUUCUUGUUGCAGUAUUUCAGCCUUAUAAUUAUUUCUUAUAUGUAUAUACAUGUCUAUUCUUUUGAUUAGCCAUACACACUUUUCACAUUUUUUCAAUCCUCUCAAUCUUAAAUUGUGUCUUUACAUGUUUAUAGCAGGUCAUUUAUUCUGUUAUGAUCAUGUUGUUUGUAUAUCAUACUUAAACCUGCACAGAGAGAGCCAAUAUUAUAUCCAAUGCCUGAAUCUUGAUUUACUCUUGCUUGUGUAAUCUCAAAUAUAUUGCUGCUUAAUAAAGAUUGCUUGUGCUAGAUGUAGCUUUUUCAUUUUAUUGAUUACAGUUAUGUGUUCUUUUUUACCAAAUGUGUUCAAUAGUUUCAUUUCCCUCCUCUGGCAUAUUACGUGUACAAGGUCAUUUUUGUUUAUUGUACUUUAUUUUGAAUUAAUCCUUUAUUUAAGUGCCGUCCAGUUUUAUCUGUCAGGAAAACUCUUUGAAAGAGUUUUAUUUCAUUUACUUCUUUCAUAUAAGAAGCAUGCAUACAAGUCCAUCAUUUUUUAUUUUAUAUAUAUUUUCUUCAUUAUUACAUUUGUGCUUGAAGAAAAAUAUUCUACAGGUCAAAUCGAAAUUGAAUCUUAUGUGGUUGGGAGUCUUCAUAACUACGUGCUUAGGUCACUCAAAUUUGCACUUACGGGUAAUUGGAAAGUUAUUUAAAUGGAGAAGUUAUUUCCAUUUCAAGUUGAUAUUUUUUCAAUACCAAUUUAAGUGCUUUUAAACAUGAAAUUGAUUAACAAAACUACCUGGUAAUCAUGAUCCUCGAUGGUCAAUAUUUAAAUACUGGUAUUCACCUACUACGGUACAUGGUGUACCCAGUACCUGAAUUUGUUAACCUAGUAAUCUUUUUUUUUUAAAGAAAUGAAUGAGUGGGGUAAGCUUAUUUUGACAAUGAAAAAAAAAAUCAGAAAAGGCAAUGGUACUAAAUUGGGAGAAUAUAUGUCCACUGAUUGACUUUUAAUGAAUUACACUUGUACAUGUAGAUCAAUGUCCAGUGUUAUUUUCCAAUUCCUGUAAUGCAUCUUUAUGCUGAAUGUACAUGUAUCUCAUUAGCCAAUAAAAAACAGUGACUGAA